AAAUUCAGAAACAUUGUCAAACAAUCAGAGGAAGCAUCUACGGCCUGGAAAAGUUUCACCUCGUCUGCAUGUUCCAGAACAUAUACAAAAGCCACCAUAUGUCCUAUAUCGUCAAUCAUCUGGUAUUUCUUCUGGACCUGAAAUACAUGAUAUGAAAGGAAUUGAAGGCAUGCGGGCAUCUGGCAGACUAGCUGCGCAGGUUUUGGAGUAUGCAGGGUCGUUGGUUAAUCCAGGGUUGACAACUGAUGAAAUUGAUAAAGCAGUUCACCAGAUGAUUAUAGAUAAUGGGGCAUAUCCUUCACCUCUUGGUUAUGGCGGUUUUCCUAAGAGUGUUUGUACAUCUGUAAAUGAAUGCAUUUGUCAUGGGAUUCCAGACUCACGCCAACUUGAGGACGGGGAUAUCAUCAAUAUUGAUGUCACAGUCUACUUGAAUGGCUAUCACGGUGACACCUCAGCUACUUUCCUCUGCGGUCAUGUUGACGAAAAGGCUAAACAAUUGGUCCAG